AUGCCUCUUUGUGCUGUAUCAGGAUGCGUUAACCCUGGUGUACAUUUAUUUCCCAAAGAUCCAACAUUAAAAAAAGUGGGAAAAGGCAAUAAGAUGCAAAAAUUUUGUAGCGACAAGCGUAGCAGGUUAUGUCGGAAUCAUUUCCAAGAAUCUGAUUAUGUGGGAGAAUCAGCCUACACAGGACAUCCUCAAAUAUGCAAAUAUCUGAAAAAUGGAACUGUACCAAGUAUAUUCCCUUGGUCCACCCAGGUGUCAACAACACCUACAUCAAGAACCAGUCGAUAA